AUGGCUCCGCAAUACGCCCCAAGUCUGCGCUCCCGUUUGGCUCCUUUGCUGCUUCUCUUGCAGAUAGGCUUUAUUGUAAUAUAUUAUUUUUAUGUUGAGAUAGAAAACAAUGUAAAUGGGAUUACAUUCAGCAACCUUUAUCCAGUGUUCCAGGAUUUGAAUGUAGUGGUCUUCCUGGGGUUUGGCUUCUUCAGCACUUUUUUAGUGCGGUAUGGUUUCAGUGGAUCAGGAUUCAACCUUCUUGUAGCAGUCAUAGCCACCCAAUGGGCACUCCUACUCAAUGGUAUUGAGUCCUGGUAUUACAGAGGCAAGAUCUGGGUUGAUAUGAGAAGCUUGGUGAUUGCGGAGAUGUGCACAGCCUCGGCUCUCAUCUCUAUUGGAGCGGUGCAAGGCAAAACCAAUCCUGUCCACCUUGUCCUCGUGGCCCUACUGGAGGUAUUUGGAUUUGUCCUGAAUGGAUGGCUCCUCCAGACUCUGCUAAAUGUACGGCCUUUGAACAACAUCAUGCUGCUUCACAUCUUUGGAGCUUUCUUUGGGCUUGUACUGACGUGGGUCCUGUAUCGGAAAGAAUCAAACCAGGGAUAUGAGAAGGAGAAACUCAGCCGCAAAACAGCACUGUUCUCCAUGUUGGGGACUGUGUUUCUCUGGAUGUUUUGGCCCAGUUUCAACUCUAUCCUCGUGGACAUUCAUUUUCCUGAGAGAAGGCUGAGAGCAGUGUGCAGCACCUACUUGGCCUUGGCUGUCAGUGCUGUAGCAUCUGUUGCUAUGUCUGUGCUCUCCAGUCCCAUGGGAAAGAUUAACCCAGCCCAUUUGCUGUCAUGCUUACUAUCUGGUGGUGUUGCUGUUGGGGUUCCCAUAUCAGUGAUACAACACCCUUGGGAAGCCAUGACAAUUGGACUGACUGCAGCUGUCGUGUCAACCAUUGGAUUCCAGUAUUUCAAGAACCACAUGCUCUUUGCCUUUGCCUGUCAUGACACGUGUAGUGUUCUGAGCACACAUGGACUCCCUGGACUACUAGGAUGGCUGGCUCACCUCCUCCUGCAGAUCAAACACUGUGAUGAUCACACAAUAGCCACUCGGUUUGCCGUGUAUCAUAUCUGUGCUCUCCUCAUCACCAUAAGUAUCAGCCUGAUCAUGGGGAUCAUAACAGGGCUAAUACUUAAAUGGGAUAUUUGGAGACCUCCGCAGGACAAAAAAUGUUUUGAUGACCAAGCUUACUGGAAGGUAAGCUGAAACAAGAUGGAAGUAGCCCCUGAGCUAAGUUUGACCAUCUUGCAGUGCGCCUGUAAUCUGAAGUUGACGCUGGAUAUACAUGCACCCCAUGUUUAUAAAAUGAUGAAUGCAAGACUUGUUUCCUGCUCAAAAUGUUUAAUUAUGCCAUGGUAGAGUGAUUAAAGGGGGUUGGAUGUACAUAAGAAUUAUAUCAGGCAGUGGUGAUAAUUGUGUACCUCAAUUCAAAAUGUAAGACGGAUAAUUUAAUAAAUCUGUAUGACAAAAUUCUGACCACACUUGAUGUUAUUUCAGAGAUAGAUAUUUUAUGACACAUUAUGUCAUUGCAUGGCAAUUCCCUCAAUUAUAUUAUACAUUAGCCCAAAUAUCUUCUGACUGACCUGACAGGUUUGAGAGUAUGCAUGCACACAAGAGGUUUGGACAUACAGGAUAUUAUUUCCCUAAACACUAGGGAUGCUCCGAUCAAUCAGCAUCGGCCUAUUUACAUGAAAAGUCAUGUGCCAAAAAUCCAACGCCCAUGGGUAGUACUAUUGCAGCCAGCAGCGACCCCUGCGUGUAUAGUGUCUUGCAUCUUGGGCAGUUGUUUGGCAUGCCAGACAAACACAUUCAUGUCCGCCGUGUAGAACUCAACAGCCAACACAUGCCACAAAAACUUUCGUACGAACAUGUUAAAAAGUUUUAAAUA